UUUAGUCUAUACAGUAUGGCUUUGACCACACUUACUCUAGUAUUUGCUGCAUUAUGUUUAUCUCAAAGCAUGGCAGAUGAGAUCAAGUCUCUGAAAGAGGAAAUCGCAGUCAUCAAACAUUUGCUUAAGGACCAAAACGAGAGGAUGACGAAACUGGAAAUGGAGAACAAUAACCUCAAGACCGCUCUCUCCCAGGUGGAGAAUGACAGUUUACUUUUGAAGGAAAGAUUGGUGGAUAUUUCAAAUGAAAACAGAGUUUUAAAGCACGAAGUAACCGAUAUUAGAAAACAAAUGACAACAAUACUUAAAGAUUUAAAUCUUGCAACUCUGGAUAAGCAGGAAGAAAUCGGUGAUGCCUUUAGAGAAACUGCUGUACAUCGGCGACUCCUUCUCCCUGACGCUGGGUCCCCAUCCACCACGCCCCUACCCGUGGAGCCAGUGGCCUUCUACGCUUACAUGUCAAAAUCCGAGCCCACCCCAAGCAAUCAUCAUUCGCUCAUCUUUGACGUAUUGAAAACAAACCUUGGGAAUGGCUACAACAAAUUCAGUGGAACAUUCGUUGCUCCAUUUGCAGGGGCAUAUGUGUUCACCUGGACCAUCAACACAAAUCCCCAUGGGGCUCAUUUUAUCAACUUGAUGGUCAACAAUGCUAUUGUUGGGGGGACACUUACUGACACACAAGAAGCAAACGACUAUGACUCCGAUUCUAACACAGCAGUGGUUGUCCUAAGUCAGGGCGACAGUGUCAGCCUGCGAACAACAAGUGCCAGUGACAGAGCUCAAAUUUAUGCAGACGUGCAUGCAUUUACUAGUUUUUCCGGAUGGCGCCUUUAGUGGUAUUGUCCAUUUUAUGCAGAACAGGUUUCCAAAUUAAAGUCUACUAAAUAUGAA